UUAGAUAUCGAGAACGAGAACUGUUGAUUCAUAAACAUAAAUGCACUGAGUUCUUAUCAGACUUUUCUCGUGUCUUAAGGCGGUUAAAUAACAAUUAAUUUCAUCGAACUUUAAUAACCUUCGUGGUCAUAUGGUUAUUUGUGUCAUAGAAUUUGAUAAAAAGUGAGUGUCGAGGUUACCGCACGAGACAGACUGAAGCUAACUUAGCGCAGUACGUAUCGUUUAAGCCCUACCCGAUAACUUGAUACUUGUUGCUUUAUUGUAAUAUAGUUAGUAAGUUUUUAAACGCGGCUAAAGUAAGACGUGGCGAUGGCGACCAGCAGAAUUGUCGUUUACGGAGGACGCGGUGCUUUGGGGGCAGCAUGUGUAAAUCAUUUUAAACAAGCCAACUGUUGGGUGGCCAGCAUCGAUUUAAACCCGAACGAGAACGCGGACGUCAACAUCACAGUGCCGAAAGACGCGUCGUGGUUGCAGCAAGAGGAGCAUGUCGUGAAGGAACUCGGCACGGCGCUGCAAGGUCAGAAAGUGAAUGCCGUGAUAUGUGUAGCCGGCGGUUGGGCUGGUGGAAAUGCGGCCAAGGAAUUAAGUAAGCAAGCGGAUUUAAUGUGGCGUCAGUCAGUAUGGAGCUCUACUAUCGCCGCUUCUCUUGCUGCUACAUAUUUAACUCCUGGAGGAUUAUUGGCGUUGACCGGUGCUAAGGCUGCUUUAGAAGGUACUCCAGGCAUGAUUGGCUAUGGUAUGGCGAAGGCUGCAGUACAUCAGCUAACAAAGUCACUUGGUAGUAAGGAUUCUGGACUUCCAGAAAAUUCCUUAGCGGUAGCUAUUAUGCCUGUGACAUUGGAUACAGAAAUGAACAGGAAAUGGAUGCCUAAAGCUGACUUUGGUACCUGGACCCCGUUGACAUUUGUAGCUCAGUUAUUUGAUAAGUGGAUGAAGGGGGAGGAGCGUCCAGCCAGCGGCAGCUUAGUAGCGCUUGUCACAAAGGAUAAUGUCACAGAAUUAAUCGUUCAGUAAACAGAUAAAAUAUUGUAAUAUGUGCUGUCACAAUAAAUGUUUUAUAGUAGAUCUUGCCUGUGCCACAUAGCACAAUUUUUUCUAACUU